AUGACCUCCGGUGACAUGGCUAGUCAAGGUAACCCGACGCCUGCUGGUGAGGAUGGACAGACGGGAAACGGCUCUCGAUCACCUAGUUCGCAAUCGAGACAGUUAUCUCCCAAUAAAAACGAUCAAAAUGGCGCCAUAUCAGAUAAUCCACUUGAUGCGCCCACCUCUCCAAAACCGCAGAACGAGCAAGCUGAUCUGGAGGACGAGGAGAUGGGCGGAACAGAGCAAGAUGGUGGAAAAGAUGCAUCUGGCGAACCUACAGAAGUUACCGCUUCCCAGCAAGUAGAUGGCCCGAGCGAUAUGCCAAGCGAUGAAACAAAAGCGACUGCAGAAGCAUCUGCGCGUUCGAAUUUAAUUUCUCAGACCCAUGCCAUCAUUCUCCCUAGCUACACGUCUUGGUUCGACAUGAACAUCGUUCACGAUAUAGAGAAGAAAGCACUACCAGAGUUCUUCAACAGCCGAAACCGAAGCAAAACGGAAGCAGUCUACAAGGAUUAUCGUGAUUUUAUGAUUAACACUUAUCGUCUUAACCCCGUUGAAUACCUCACGGUGACUGCCUGCCGGCGAAAUCUUGCAGGAGAUGUUUGCGCUAUUAUGCGCGUGCAUUCCUUUUUGGAGAGUUGGGGUUUAAUCAAUUAUCAAGUUGAACCCAACUCUCGACCAUCAAAUAUUGGCCCACCAUUCACUGGCCACUUUAAAAUCAUUGCGGAUACUCCUCGUGGACUCCAACCUUUCCAGCCUGCACCAGGCGCCUUUGUUACCCCUGGAAAGCCUCAUCCAUCCACGGAAAAAGCUGCCGUAUCUACACCAUUAUCGAAGGCGGAUUUGAAUCUUGAGAUUCGACGUAAUGUUUUUGAUGAUAAAGGUAAAGAGGUUGCCAGUGACGAUAAAGAUAAACAACCCAACGGUGAUAAAACGGUCACGAAUGGCACAACUACCGACCCUGCUUCACGAACGAAGCAAACCGUGAACUGCCAUUCUUGUGGGGUUGACUGUACGAGAAUCAGGUUUCACUAUUCAAAAUCUGCCCCCGUGUCUACAAGCGGCAAUGCAUCUGAUUUGAAAUAUGACCUGUGCGCCACAUGCUUUUUGCAGGGGCGAUUGCCCGCAUCCCACCAAGCAUCAGACUUUGUGAAAAUGGAGGACACCAGUUACACAGCCAUUCCAGACCGCGAUAGACCUUGGUCUGAGCCUGAGACGCUUCUACUCCUUGAAGCUUUGGAAAACUUCGAUGACGAUUGGCGUAAAGUAGAACGACAUGUCCGCACUCGUACCGCUGAGGAGUGCGUUAUGAAGUUCCUUCAGUUGGAGAUUGAACCUAAGUAUGUGGAUGAAGCCACAGAGGGCGAUCAGUUUGAGCAGGCAUUGAUGAGUGGACGGGACCCGAUCAGCCAGUUGGAAAACCCAAUACUUUCCGUUAUCGCACAUUUAGCCCAGCUGGCGGAACCUUCAGUUACGGCUGCUGCUGCGGGGCGAUCUAUCGAAGAGAUCAGGCGCUCUAUGCAAAAACAACUAGAAAAAGGAUUUGGGCCGCCAUCUGCUGGGGGUACGGAGAAAGACAAGGAGAAGGAAAUGGAUCAGGGGCAAGAGACAACGCAAGCCGAAGAUUCAAUGGAUAUAGAUGCUGCUAACGAGGAUGAAUCAACGGCGAUGGUCCCAAGCUCCUCAAAAGAGAAGCGACCGACACCUUCCAUUCCCUCCAUUGCUAUUGCCACAUCUGCAGCGCGCGCAGGUGCGCUGGCGUCCCACGAAGAACGAGAAAUGACCCGACUCGUUAGUGCAGCUGUGAACAUUACCCUACAAAAAUUUGAACUCAAGUUGGCACAAUUUUCAGAGUUGGAGCAAAUCCUUGAAGCCGAAAGGAAGGAGUUGGAACUUGCUCGACAGCAGUUGUUCCUGGACCGAAUGGCAUUCAAGAAUAGAGUCAAAGAGGUACAAGACGCAUUCCAGGCGAUAAGUCUUGAAGGGCCAGAAGCAGCAGCUGUAAAAGCCGCUCAAAUUGGUACUCUUCCGCACGGGGCAGAACAAUUUCAAUUUCAGACACCAGGUGCCCAAGACGGAACGGUUCAACCCCUUAGUGCAGCAGGUGGCGAUUAUAAAACUUUGGAGCUGUGA